CUAUCGCCGCCGCCUCGCGCGCCCUCACCCGCGACUCCGGACCCCGACUCCCUUUGGCUCGGCCCGCGCGCCGCAGGCCCGACACGGGCGGCGCGGUGGGAGGAUGAGCGGUGGGCGGCGGAAGGAGGAGCCGCCGCAGCCGCAGCUGGCCAACGGGGCUCUCAAAGUCUCUGUCUGGAGCAAGGUGCUGCGGAGCGACGCGGCCUGGGAGGACAAGGAUGAAUUUUUAGAUGUGAUCUACUGGUUCCGGCAGAUCAUCGCAGUGGUCCUGGGUGUCAUUUGGGGAGUGUUGCCAUUGCGAGGUUUCUUGGGAAUAGCAGGAUUCUGCCUGAUCAAUGCAGGAGUCCUGUAUCUCUACUUCAGCAGCUACCUACAGAUCGAUGAAGAGGAGUAUGGUGGCACGUGGGAGCUCACAAAAGAAGGGUUUAUGACAUCUUUUGCCUUGUUCAUGGUCAUUUGGAUCAUCUUUUACACUGCCAUCCACUAUGACUGAUGGUGUACAGCCCCCAUGUGCUCCCUGUCCAGUCCAAAGGACCCUCUUAGUUACAGCACAGAAACACGAUUGUAGGGGCACUCCAGCACGGGAGCUCAGAAGACCUAUGUUUUCUGGACCAAGAACCAGUGUGUUGGGCAUCAGUGUUUUCUGCAAGGGUUCUGACCUGAAACUUUGUAGAGAACCAUCCACUUCUUGGGAAGCAUUUCUGAUUGUCCAUCACCACCCAUUGCUUCUUGGAUGCUCAUCACUACAUAACCCGUUUGCUGACUGGAGCUGGGCGUUUAUUUGGAUGCAUCUCUGGAUCCGGAUGAAACAUUAAAUUGUCUCCCUCAGUUCUCCAUCAGGUGUACAGUUUUUAAACUAUCAGUGGCAUUUCAAGUCUUCUGAACACAGUAUGGAAUUAUAUGUAUGGCUCAUAGCAAGUAUAGGCAGCAUCUAGGAACAGUUUCCACUGCAGAAUGUUUUCAGAUACUUGAAUAAAUCAAAUCUUUAAUUGA